UAUGAAUAAAAAAAUCAGAAAAAACCCUAACUCUCUAUCUCUCUUCUCUCUCCUCUCCCUUCCUCUCCCUCGCUGUUCUCUCUUCUCUGUCUUUCUCUCUCGUCGCCUUCGACGGAGUGUUGUGCGAGCGAGUGGCGACGGGAUUUGCGCGUCGUCGUGUGCGAAGUGGUGGUGUGUUCGAGGGUGCGAAGUGCUGCGACGAGGCGAACGAACGAAAGUGUGUGCGAGCGAUUCGCGCGACGAAGGCUAGGCGAGCGGUUCGCGCGACGAGGUGGUGCGAACGUGUGUGGUUUGUGCGAGGGUGCGAAGGCUUGUGCGAGGCUGGUGGUGGGAGAAACGUGCGAAGGUGUUGGGCGAGCGAACAAAGUGUUCGACGGUUCGAAGGGGGUGUAAAGUGUUGUGCAACGAGGGUGCGCGAGGCUUGCUGCUGCUGUUGUGUUGGCGUACGCGUGCUGUGCGAGGCUGUGCGACGAGCGACGCGGGCUGCGGCUCGAGUGCAGUGCGACGAGGGUGGUGCGUCGGUGCCGGAAGUCGAAUGCCGGUGAUUUUCGCCGGCAAGUUUAGCGUUGCGCACGCCAUUUCCUCUUUCUCUCUCUCCUCUCACCGGUUGGAGUGUUGAACUUGAAGAGGUUCAAGAAGAUUUCAGAUCAGAUUAGAGGCAGAAACAUGACGAAGAAGGGUCAGGAAAAAUCCAUUGAAACAAAUGCAGAUUUCUUGCCGUUAGAAGGCGGUCCGGCUCGUAAGCUGCCUAAGGGAGAUGUUUCACAUGACAAAGCGACGGUGCUGUACGUUGGUAGGAUUCCACACGGGUUCUACGAGGAUGAAAUGGAAGGUUUCUUUCAACAAUUUGGGACCAUUAAGAGGUUGAAGAUUGCUCGAAACAGGAAGACUGGAAAAGCUAAGCAUUACGGUUUCAUUGAAUUCGAGUAUCCAGAGGUUGCAAAAAUAGUUGCUGACUGUAUGCAUAAUUACCUGUUGCUUGAGCACAUGCUGCAAGUACAGUUGAUUCCUGCAGAGCGUGUACAUCCUAAAUUAUGGAAAGGUGUAAAUCGUAGGCAGAAAGUGCCGGUUGACUUUGUUCAAAUAGAGAGGCUGAAGCAUAAUAAGGAUAGAUCACUGGAGGAGCAAAGGAAAAUGCUGAAAUCAAUUCUGAAGCGGGACAAAAAACGAAGAAGUAAAAUUCAAGCUGCUGGAAUUGAUUACGAAUGUCCUGAAAUUGAGGGUGCUAACCAGCCUGUGCCAAAGAAGAUCAGGUUUGAUGAUAGCUAGUCAUUUCAAAUCAUACAGUUUUAUCUUGUAAGCGGGUAAACGGAUGGCAGAGAAAUGAAUACCGAUGAAGUUAGCGUCAAAGAUUGGAAGCAUUCUGGUGUUACUAAGGAUGAGAAACAUUUUGAAACAGUCAAAAAUGUAUUAGCAGCUUAUUCUAGCCAAUAUUCGCACACCUGUAGUAAUGACAAGUGGGGUUUAUCGAUAGUUUCUGUUGUAGGCUUAAUUUAUGCUACCAUAGCUUACGUAUUUUUGUUUCUUUUCUAUGCAAAAUUAUGGGUUUUGUUUCA